UGCAGCAUGCUUUCUGCGGGACGGGGACUGCAGCUGGGGGAAAGCCAUGGGGGGACCCCUACGCUCCCUCACACCGGCACCCACCACUGCCCCGGGACCCCUGGCUCUUUCCUCUUCAUCACCCUCUUCAUCAUCAUCUCCCUGCACCAGGGGAUAGCAUGGCCCUAUGACUACAGGUACCUGUAUAACCACUGUCCCGGCCCAGAGUGGAACGUCAUGUGUCGGGGCUGCUGUGAGUACGACGUGAUCCGCUGUAAGUGUCCCCUCCAGGGCACCCCCGUUGGCUACGCUGUGCCUUGCUGCCGCAACGUCCUCAACAAGUGUGACCCCUGCAUCAUCCACCCAGGUUGCAGCAUAUUUGAGAACUGUAAGCAGUGUAACAAUGGGACAUGGGGGCCCAGAGAUGAUUUCUUCAUCAAGGGGAAGUACUGUGCUGAGUGUCGUCCCGGCUGGUCAGGCGGUGACUGCUUGAAGUGUGGAGGAGUGAUCCGUAAACGUCAGGGCCACAUAGUUCUGGAGAGUUACCCCACCAACGCUCAUUGUGAGUGGACCGUUCAGGUGGACCGACCAUUCACCAUCGACUUCAGGUUCAUGAUGCUGAGCCUAGAGUUCGACCACUCCUGUCGCUACGACUACAUCGAGGUGCGUGAUGGUGACAGCAUCAACUCUCGUGUGAUUGGUCGGUUCUGUGGGAACAACAAGCCUGCUCCAAUCCAGAGCUCUGGCAACUCCCUACACGUCCUGUUUGUAGCCGAUGGCUAUAAGAACUUUGAUGGCUUUUUCGCCACCUUCCAAGAAAGCUCAGCAUGCAGCUCCUCCCCCUGUCUCCAUGAUGGUACCUGUAUCCUGGACACGUCCUACUCCUACCACUGUGCCUGUCUGGGCGGCUACACUGGUCAGAGGUGUGAGAAUGUUGUAGGGUGCAGGAGGCCCCCAGUACCUGUCCAUGGCUCCACAGAGGGGGUAUUCCAUCACUCAGGGGCACGAGUCACGUUCCGCUGUGACCCUGGGUUCGAGCUGAGGGGGAUCCGCACCGCCAUCUGCCUCCGGGAUGGCAGCUGGAGCGCACCUGUCCCUCAAUGUGUGCCUAUGGUGAAAUUCUGUGCCAUCCCAGCCAAGCCUGUCCAUGGAGACCACUUCCUUGUGUACGGGCCCAAUGACGUCAUCAUAGCCCUACAGUACCUGUGCUACCGGCCCUACAAGCUGAGCGGGACGCACCAGAGGACCUGUUUGCCCAACAACACCUGGAGCGGAACAGCCCCCACAUGUGGCAAAGUGAAUAAUACACUUGCUGAACCAGGCAAAGACAAAGAAAAUGACAUAGCAAGAGAUACAGAGAAGGACAAAGAAAAGGAUGCAGAAAAAGAGAAAGACACUGACAAAGACAUUGAAAAACCCAAAGACAAAGAGAUAGACAGUAAUACAGGUAUCAAGGAGGACGUGGCUGGUAAAGAUCCAGACACAGGCCUGAGGAACACAACAGUGGACGGUAAAGAUAAAAACAUAGACAUUACUCUGGUUAACAUCCCAGGACGAAGCGAGGAUAAAACAAGUGACAAAGAAAAAGAAACUGGGCUAGAAAAACCUACUGGAGGUACCAAGGAUAAAGUGGACAGUAAAGAAACGGAUGACAUCAUAAACACAGUGGAGGGAGGGAGAGAAAAUUAUGUGGGGAAAACCAACGCGGACACAGAUGGCAGUCCAGAUACUGGGGGAGACACAGACGUGAUACGGGAGAUAGGAAAGACAACAGAGAUCCCUGAGAUAGUGGUGGUGCUGGAGGAUAAAGGACAGGAGGAAGAGGAGAAGAAAGAGGCACCAGUAGAUAACAGCAGUGAUCCAAACAUAGUUGAUCCUAAUGACUUAAAACCAAGGGGAGACACAUUUGCCAUAGAUUACACUGAGUUAAAACCAAGGGGAGACACAUUUGCCAUAGAUUACACAGAGUUAAAACCAAGGGGAGACACAUUUGCCAUAGAUUACACUGAGUUAAAACCAAGGGGAGACACAUUUGCCACUGUUACGGAUGUGUUUGGCACCAAUGACAUAGAGCACGGUAUGAAUACAACAGUGUCUAAAGACAUUGUGAAGAUUAUUAUUCCAACUAGAAGCAACAGCACACAGUUCACCCCAUAUUUAUCAGGAGGUCAGGAAACCGAGAGGCUUGCAGAAAAGCAACGCAAAGAUAUAGGAGCAACUAAAGAUAAAGGCUCAACUAAAAAUAUAGGCUCAACUAAAGAUAUAGGCUCAACUAAAGAUACAAUGGCAAGUACAAGCAAACCUGAAGAAGAAAAUACAGGAAAAGAUUCAGACAAACCAACUAAAGAAGAGUCUGAGGAUGAGAAGAGAGAAAACCAAAGCAUCAAUGAGAGGAGCUGUCCCCCUCUCCCACAGCUCUACCACGGGUACCAGCAGGUAGUGCCAGGGCUGGUGCCAGAGACAGUAGAGUUCUUUUGUAACCACUCAAACGCUCUGAGUGGUGACGCCAGACGCACCUGCCAGCCUGGCGGCACCUGGGGGGGCACUCAACCCCUUUGUGUGAGAGCCUGCAGAGAGCCCAAGGUCUCAGAGCUGGUCAAACAGAGAGUUCUGCCUGCACAGGCUCCAUCCAGGAAGACCCCUGUGCAUAAGCUCUACUCUUCCUCUGGGUUUGUGAGGAUGUUCCAGUCCACCAGCCCCACCAAAGGUCCUCCAGUGCUAUCCCAGCUGCCCCAGGGCUUCCACCACCUCUACACUCACAUAGCGUACGAGUGUGCCUCUCCCUUUUACCAACACUCAGGCAGCGCACGCCGCACCUGCCUCAAGACUGGCAAGUGGAGUGGGCGUCAUGUCUCCUGUUCGCCAGUGUGUGGGAAGCACCCCACCUUUGACCCCCAGAGCCCGGCAGAGUCCCACUGGCCCUGGCUAGCCGCCAUCUACCGACGCCCCACCAACGGAGCAGGGACCAAGCUGGACAAGAAGGCCAGCCUUGCUGGGUCACUAAAGAAGGAGGCUGGAGCUGGAUCAGGUGCUGGGGCUAGAUCCAAGGGGCAGGACGAGGCCUCAGGCUGGCAGCUGGUGUGUAGCGGGGCCCUGGUGAACCAGCGGAGUGUGGUGUUGGCAGCCCACUGUGUGACUGAGCUGGGGAAGCUGUACCCACUGGAUGCAGCCACGGUCAAGGUGGUGAUGGGAAAACACUACCGCAGUGACCUCAGAGAGACCAAGGGCUUGCAGCAUCUCAGGGUGGCCUCCAUCUCUAUCCACCCCAACUACGACCCCCUGGUUCUUGACUCAGACCUGGCAGUAAUCAAGCUGCUGGACAAGGUUCGUAUCGGGGAGAAGGUCCUGCCCCUCUGCCUACCUGACACCCAGGGGGGAGAGGUGACCUCCAGAGAAGGGUUGGUGAUGGGCUGGGCCCCCCUGCAGGACCCCCGGAUUGGGGAAGAGGAGCAGGCCAGGGUGGGUGUGCAGCACCUGGCCGACGUGGUGCCCUGUGAGCAGCAGUACGCCCGUAAAGGGAUGCCCGUGAGUGUCACGGACAACAUGCUCUGUGGCCGCCAGCGACCCGACUACAGCCCGUCUAACAUCUGUCCCGCGGACACAGGAGGUAUCCUGAUCCUUCCUGCCCAGACAGGCUCCGCCCAGGACCCCUCUCUUGCCUCUCCAGCGAGGCGGGACAAGUCCAAAGGGGAGUGGCGGCUGCUGGGGUUGGUGAGUUUCGGCUAUGACCAGGGAGAGUGUGACCCGGACCUGUUUACUGUGUACACACAUGUGGCCAACUUCAAAGACUGGAUAGAGAGCCAUAUGAAGUGACAUCACCAGGAUGUGACUCGCCUUGUAUCUCUCUUUUCCUCCCUCUCUUCAACCAACUACCCCCUCUUUUUCUUCAUCAUUAUUUCCCCUCUUACUUUUAUUUGCCAACGUCUUUCUCCAUUCUCCCUCCUUCCUCCUCCCAUCUACCUUCUUCUUGUCAUACCCAGGCAGGGAGUGUGGUCAGUAAAGAUCAGAGUAACACUGGACUGCACAGUGCUCUGAGCUGACUUUAGGAGGCCCUAACACAAACUGAUCAGGUAAAGCUGCGCUCCACUCAGCACAGUACUUCAGUGUUCAGGUUUUACCUAAUUUGGUGUUAGACUUGAAAACAAUCAGAAAACCAGUUCCCUCAGGCCUCUGGGAAAAGCUGGUUUUCAUUGUAUUCUUUCAUAUGUAUAUAUCAUGUAAUGUAUUAUUAUUAUGGCUCUGCACGUGGCUCAAGGGAUGUACAUAUUGUAUAGAAGGACAGAAAAGUAAUGUUGUUUUUAAUUAAAGAUAUGUGGUUGUGUGUGAAGACA